AUGGCCAAGUCUAGACGCAACCGUGCCGGCGCGCGCAAAGAUCCCCUCGCGAAGCCCGUCAAACCGCCUUCGGACCCAGAGCUUGCUGCCCUGCGCGAGGCCAAGAUCCUCCCCGUCAUCAAGGACCUCAAGAGCACCGAUACCAAGAAGCGCACCGCCGCCGCUUCGGCCAUCUCCAACAUCAUCCAGGACACCAAGUGCCGCAAGCUGCUACUCCGCGAGCAAGUCGUCCACACCGUCCUCAACGAGACCAUCACCGACACAGCCCUCGAGAGCCGCGCCGCGGGGUGGGGGAUCCUCCAGGUUCUCGCGCAAGAGGAGGAGGCCGACUUUUGCGUCCACCUCUUCCGGUCAGACGUGCUGACUGCCAUUGAAUAUGCUGCCAAGAAUUUCACACAAACAAUCACCACUGCCGAACCCAGCUUUUCUAAACUUCCCAAAGCCGAACAAACCACAAUAAUCAGCAUUGUUGCCUCUCUCCUUUCACUCAUCACAGCCCUUGCCGAGGCCGGCGACGACAUACUCGAGGCCAUCGCGUCCAACACCACUCUUACACAACUUCUUGUUGUGCUCAUCACAAAACACGAUGACAUCUCGGGCGACUCCGACGGCGUAUCCACACUCCGCGCCGACGCACUGGCCUGCUUAAUGCUAUUGUGCGAGGAUAACGAGAAGCUGGCGCAAGCCAUUAGCGUUGCAGGCAACAACACCUUUGAGACGCUCCUGUCUCUCAAGGACAGACUGGAUGGCGAGGGCGUCUUGGCCUGCGCUGUCUUGCACAACCUCUUCGCCUCGCUGGAGACGUCACGCGAUGCCUCAAUACCCAUUAAAGGCGACGAGUCCGUCUGGAUACCCACUCUCACCAAAGUUCUCGCUUCCUAUUCCCCCGACGCGCCGGCGCCGGCCGGUGAGAGCUGGUCCGACCCGGCCCAGUACCAGCAACUGGCCCUGGAGAGCCUCGCCUCUAUCGGCACCAGCUUGACUGCUGCCAUCGGCGGUCCUGCAGAAGCUACCAAGGCUGUCGGAAAGAAUGGGGCGCCUGCUCCCAAGGCAGAAGACGCGGGCGACGACAUGGACAUGAACGAAGCUGACGAUGAUGCGCACUCUGCGAGUGGCGACGAGGGUAUGGACGAAGAAGAGGAUGACGACGAGAUGACGCACGAAGAAAUGCAGGCCGACAUGGAUAUGGUCCUUGGCGGCGAUGACGACGAAAGCAUUGACGAUCUUCCCGUUCUUCAAGCCCUGCUACAGCAAGCGCUGCCCGAGCUCAUUCGUAUUGCAGCCUCCCAACCAGCUAACGAAGUUGCCAUGUCUAUGCAAGGCCAUGCCCUCUCCGCCCUCAACAACAUCGCAUGGUCCCUCUCCGUCGUCGACUUUGCCGAACCCCAGAAUGCCGGCAUGCUCGCCGCCUGGUCCCCCGCGGCCAAGUCCAUCUGGGAACAGGUCAUCUCCCCGAUCCUCGCCUCCGACACGGCCGAUCUCGGCCUCGCCACGCAGGUCACCGGCCUCUCCUGGGCCGUCGCCCGCGCCCUGCGCAGCAACACGCCCCUACAACCCGGCGAGCAGCGCAAGUUCAUCACGCUCUACCAGGCCACGCGGAGCGGCGCCGGCGCCACGUCCGCAGAGCCGCAGGACCAGGAGGACGACCCGUUCCAGAGCCUCGGCGUCAAGUGCAUCGGCGUCGUCGGCCAGCUCGCCAUAGACCCCUGUCCCGCGGACACGAACCGCGAGCUCGGCACCUUCCUCGUCGCCGUCGUCGCCGAGUUGCCGCGCACGCCGCCCGCCGAGGCCGUCGAGGCGCUCAACCAGCUCUUCGACGUCUACGGCGACGAGGCCUACGCGUACGACGCCGACGUCUUCUGGGCCGGCGGCUUCGCGGCGCGCCUCGAGGAGGCGCUGCCCAGGGUGCGCGCCAUGGCCAAGGCGGUGGACAAGCAGGCGCACCCGGAGCUGCGGCUGCGCGCCGACGAGGUCGUCAUGAACUUGCCGCGCUUCAUCGCGUACAAGGCCAAGAACAAGCCCAAGAACUAA